UCUCAUACUUGUUACAAGCAAGAUUACUAGGAUCACUGUAACUGAAAAAGUAAGGGGAAGGAGCAUUUUGCCUCAGGCUAGGAUUUUGAAAGAUCUCUUUAUUUAUUUUGCAUGUCAGCAUUUAUGUGUUAGUACAUGGUCAGUGCCUCUGCUAGUUGUUUGUAAGCAGUUUGUUACUUUUUUACUUCAAAAUAGCUAAAUCUGGGCCUGCUUAACCACAGAACAUCACAGAGCAGACUGUAGGGGCAGCGGCUGAAAAGCAGAAGUGAGAUAGGGUCGAGGAGUGAACCUUGGGUCCACCCCUUUCUGCUCACACCCGUUCUGUGCUUUCCAUUUCAUCUUUUCUUUUUCAGAAGAGAAACUUGAACUUGGAAGUCUCCACAUUUCUGUAGUCAUGACAUUAUUUUCCUCCUUAACCCCAGUCUUUAUAGCAAUUAUAUGUGUUUUGAUUGGGGUAAUACUGAAGAAGACUAAAAGAGAGAAGGAAAAAGGUGACACUAGAAGUAAGCCCAUACCUCGUCCAUGGGUGGAUGAAGAUCUAAGAGAUGGCACUGAUCACCACUUAGUGGAAGAAGAGGUUGAUGAAGAGUGGCAAGGACUUGAUGAAAAUGUUGCCCAUGUGCCCUUCAUUGCAGAGCGUUACUCUGAGGCUGAAAUGAUUAAAAGGUCCCGGUCUUUUUAUGAGCUUCUUGAUAAGAGGCGGUCUGUCAGGUUUCUCAGUGAUGAGCCAGUCCCCAGGGAGGUUAUUGAUAAUGUCAUCAGAACGGCAGGUACUUCACCCAGUGGAGCGCACACUGAGCCCUGGACCUUUGUGGUAGUGCAAGAUCCAGAUUUAAAACAUAAGAUUCGGGAGAUUGUAGAAGAAGAAGAAGAAAUAAACUACAAAAAAAGGAUGGGAGAUAGAUGGGUCAAUGACCUGAAGAGAUUAAGAACAAACUGGAUCAAAGAAUACUUGGACACUGCCCCCUAUCUGAUCCUUAUUUUCAAGCAGGUGUAUGGGAGGCUUCCAAAUGGCAAAAAGAAGACCCACUACUACAAUGAAAUCAGUGUAUCUAUUGCCUGUGGUAUGCUGCUUGCUGCCCUGCAGAAUGCCGGUCUGUACACGGUGACCACCACACCCCUGAACUGUGGUCCCCAGCUGCGGACGCUGCUCCAUCGCCCAGCCAAUGAGAAGUUGCUCUUGCUGCUCCCUGUGGGCUAUCCCAAGAAAGAUGCCACUGUGCCUGCACUGACUCGAAAGCCAUUAGAAGACAUCAUGGUGGUCAUGUGAACCCAGGGCCAUGAAGAGAGAGCACAACUUACUGCCUGCUAGGAAGCGGCAGCGCAUUGAAGUUGUUGAUGCUUUUCCUGUGUAUUACUGCUGCUCUGGCUGUUUACACUCAUGCACCUUUUAGUGCUAGUAACCACGGUACCUGCUUCUACUAACAGCAGCAAGUAGUCAUGCAUGGUGCAUUUAACAGGUACUAUUACCAAUGAACCUGAGCAGUUGUUCCAAGAGACAAGUACAGUAACAUUCAAAUGACCUUCAUCACUUUAUUUUUCUUAUGCAUUGUAGGGACUGAUCUUUCCUUGAACAAUAACACAUAUUUUCCUUAUACUUUUGUGAUUACCACUGAACAGUUGUUUUUACUUCAUAACUUUAAUGGAGGUUGUAUGUCACAGAAUCAUAGUACCAUUAAGGGUGGAAAAGACCUCCAAGGUUAUCUAGUCUAAUUGUACACCUACCACCAAUAUUUCCCCAUUAACCAUGUCCCUCAGUACAACAUCUAAACAUUUGACAGAAUCACAGGUUUGGA